GAGCCCCGCCCUCCUCCAACCCUACCGUCCUCCAUUUUGUUUUGUGUAUCCUGUUUCCCUUGAUAUUGUUCUCACCUUCCCUUUCUAUUUCACUCUCUUAAAAUGGACGAGACGGGUCAACAACAGCCUAAUUUCGACGACGAUCCGGCCGCCGGGUUCCUCGCGAGAGAACAAGACGAGCUUCAAGGGAUAAUGUCAGACGACGCCCCUUUGAGUACUGACGUAGCUCCUCCUACUGGAGAAGGUCUUCAAAGUGGCAGCGGACUCUUUGGAUCUCAACUAGCUGAUGAACAACCAGUUUCAAGUGAUCCUUAUUCUUUCAUAUCUCAAAUGGACGAGACACCAGAAUGUAUUAGACAAUGGAAGCAGGAGCAGGAGAAGAUGUUGGCAGAGAAGGAUGGAGAGGAGGCGGAAGCACUGGAAGAGUUAAGAGCAAACGCUAAGAAAGAGCUGGAGGAUUGGUAUACUCAUUUUGAGGAUCAACUGAAGCACACAAAAGAAUCAAACAGGCAAGCAGAAGAAGCUUUUAUUGAGGAGAGGGAUAACACUACCCCAGGACACGAGUGGGAAAAAGUAGCUAACAUCUGUGACUUUAAUCCCAAAAGUAACAAAAAUACGAAAGACGUCUCACGAAUGCGAAGCAUGUUCCUUCAACUGAAGCAGACUCCGCCCGUAAAGGCUUAAUUAACUUAUUAAAGUUAGGCCGCACCGACCAUUAAAAUAAUUACAUUGUUAUUAUUAUUCUUAUUCUUCUUAUUAUUAUUGACAUUCUCUCUAAUCGCUGUGUAUAUUUACCAUUAAAAUAACAUUUAGGGUAGUUUUUGUUUUAUUAUUAUUAUUACCUAGGCAUUAUUAUUAUUAUUUGGCAGUAUUUUAUGCUGGCUAUUAUAGUCAUUGAUUGUAAUUUUGUUAUACAUCUUCAAUUUUUAAAGAA